AUGCCUUUGCAAGCACGCACAGAGGAUGAUCCUACUUCUUUCUCUCAAAAUGCCCGCAAUGACGGACACAAUGCCUCUAAUCUUAGAACAAGGCAAGCCUCGGGCUUCCGGAGUUCCAGAGGAAGCCAAAGCCGAAUCACCGCAAUGGGCAUAACCCCCGACGGACACUUCGGCUUGUCAGAGAGCGAGGACGAGUUCUUUGGUGAUUCAUCGGUCGCGUCUUUUUUAAAACAGAUCCAAGAUUCUGCAACAAAAGAGCCUGAACCAGGGAGGUCGACAUAUCCGGUUCCGCGUGCGACUUUUGGCACGCCAUCAAUUUCAAUACCCCCAGUGGCUGAUAAUAGUCUGAGUGUCAAAGCCUACGAUCUACCACCACGACAACUGGCUGACUAUCUUUUAAACUUCUAUUUCGAUAAAAUCCACAGUCUGUAUCCAUAUGUUCAUAAACCAAACUUUCUUCGCGCUUAUAGGCGCUUAUGGACGCCAGAUACGGAAACAGACACAGAAACCAUCUCGUCCGGACUGGGCUUAGGAGAUGCCUACGUGCCCCCGGCACUGUUUCAUUGCGCAUUGAACAUAAUAUUUGCUCUUGGAUGCCACUUUUCUAAAUUAGAUCAUUCAGCACGGCAAGCUACAGCGGAGGAGUUCUUUCAGCGUUCGCAGCGACUAUUGAAUGUGAUGUCACUUGACAAAGGUGAUUUAGCCCUAGUACAAACCUUACUAUUGACGUCGCAAUACUUGCAAGGAGGCGAAUCUCCAUCAAGAUGCUGGAAUAUAAUCGGCCUUGCUUGCAGAAUCGCACAAUCUCUCGGAAUGCAUUCUCUUAAGGCCGAUAGACCUAGGACACCGGCCCAAAUACAGAUGAGAAGGCGUGUCUGGCAUGGAUGUGUAAUGCUUGAUCUUGCAAGUAGCAUGAUGCUGGGUCGUCCUCCCAUGACUCAUUCUUCCGCAGUACCUCUUCCAGAAGCUAUCGAUGAUGAACUUCUCGAUUCGACCACAGCAACCUGUCAAUCACCAGCGGGCACGCUUUCAAAAGCUGAGUUCUAUGUCAGAACUCUACAGUUAUACAAGAUACUCAGAAAGAUACUAUAUGAGGUCUAUGAGCCUUGGGAGGACAGGGGGUCUCCUGAUCAGUCAGAACGGCCAAAGUCCGAGAAUGAGUUAGCACAGACCUUGCUCAGUUUAGAUGAGGAGCUUCUGGAAUUUGAAUCAAGUCUUCCAGCGUCUCUACAAUGGCGUGAUGCACAGCAGCCCGCUGAUGUGGCUGGACCAUUCCGUCGUGAAAGCAGCCUGUUGAAGGGAAGAUUUCUUCAUCUGAGGAUUUUGCUUCUUCGUCCUACAUUUGUCAAAUUCUGCCGUGACAAUCUGCCGCCGCGUCAAGCGGGCGGCUACCCUCGACACCAACAAGUACCGUUGAAAAGCAGAAUAGCCGUGGAUUUCAGUAUCAGCUGCUCGACGUCAUGUGUCGAGACUGCGAUCGAGCUGUCGCAUCUUAUGAAUGAAAUUUCGACGACUGAACUGGCAAGUGUGUGGUGGUACAAUGUCUUUUAUGCUUUUACGGCUGGCGUUGUUCUUAUACUGGCACAGGCAUCCCCUGUUAUGACGUCUAGAUUUUCCCACCCAGUCCUGGGCAAUGCUUGGAAGAGCUGCUGUGACUGUUUAGAAAACAUGAGCUCGUACAGCAACACCGCAAGAAAUUGCGCCGCCAAUCUGCGGAAGAGUCUAUCUGAAGUGCUUGACGACCAGGGACACGAAAUUACUGUGCAUACCGAGAAGCCUGCGCCUCAAAAUAUAGACCGACAAUUGGGUCAAGAUGUUGUUUCAUCGAAAGCACCGAAAUUCUUUUACAGUCUCGCUGGAUCAGAGAUUAGCGAUGGUGCCUGCCAAGGCGCUAUGGAUACUCAAUUCUCUGAGGCAUUGGACUCUCUCUGGAGUGGAGAUGAUGUGAAUAGCUCCCUGAUGGAGAUGCUAUGGGAUGACCUUUGGUUGGCAGCGCCAUCAUUCUUCUGA